GGGCAGGAGUGUGUACAGUGCCCGUGUAGUCGGAUCAAUAGGCGAGCGUCCUAGGCGCGGCACAGCGGCUGCCGACGACAUUCGUGUUGAAUUCCUCGACGCUGGUAGACGGUCACUCGCUGCUCACUGCAACACAACUCUCCGAUAUGCAGAAUAAAUACUUGCGAUGGAUUGUGGCCGGGCUGGUGCUCUUAGCAAUCUCCGCGGUAUUUGCAGACGACGAGAUAUGGGAGGAGCGGGACCAUGAAGUCCUCAUUCGUAACGAGAGGGGCGCUAAAAAUAGAGAGACUUGCCGAUACGUCAGGGGGUCAUGGUCCGAUUGUGACCCGAAAUCGAACGUACGAUCCCGCACUCUUACACUGAAGAAAGGCGACCCCGUUAGCUGCGAGCGAUCAAAGACAAUACAAAAGAAAUGCAAGAAAGCCUGCCGCUACGAAAAAACUUCUUGGAGUGAGUGCAACCCUAACGGUGAAAUGUCGCGCACCGACAUGCUGAAGGCAAAUAGCGACCCCACAUGUGACCAGAGUCGUCGCGUAACGAAAAAAUGCAAUAAGAACAAACAAGUGAAAUCCACCAAGGACAAGGGUCGCCGGAAUCGCCAGUAAUUAUUUUUAGAGAAAACAUUUUGAAUGUAUUACAUGUUCGUUCGUUGAAUCUAAAUUACAUAAUAGUGCCAAAAAGUUAUUGUUUAAGAUUUUUUGUAUUGUAAUUCCAGCUGUUAGUGAUAAUGCGAAUGUGUUACAUAACACUUUAGACUCGUUUAAUUUUAAUCAUUAUUAAUAAGUAAAAUCUUUGAUAUUAAUAAAUAUUAUUGAGUACUUA